AACUCUAAUAGGCUGCUGUCAUUAUGUUCCUGUAACAUACUCUUCGUCUAGAAGUGGAGGGGGAGGGACAUGGAUAGGUUUUUAUGGGCCGAUGUUGAUCUAUGGGUUGGCAGCUGAUGGUGCCAUCCAUCUAUUUAGUCCUGCUUUGUGAGAGGCGUAGCCUUGGGCUCCGUUGGCUUACUGCAUGUUGAAGCCUGGUUGGUAGCUCACUUUUCUGACAUAUUAUGUACACGAACCCAGACCCGCACCGCUUCACCCCCCCCUUGUACCGGGCGUAGCUGAAUACUGGAAGUUUGACUGGCUAUGCUGAUGCUCUAGACCCCCCUGCAGCUCCUUCGUGGUUUGCUCUACUCUUCUUUCUCUCCACGCCCCCGGGCCAUUGAUUCUCCUCACUUUUUCCUGUCUGCUUUCUUCGCUUCCGCGUUUGCUUGGUCACUUCUUCGAGGUUUUUAUUAUCUUUUAGCAGCAUAAACUUUUUUAGGGCGUAGUGAAAAAAAAAAAACACGCCCCGCCGGAGGAGAGAGAGAGACUGUUUUUUUGGUCGACAUACUCCCCCCUCCCAGGCCUAUACGGUUGGGCAUGAUUUGAAAAGAGUUCAGAUGCAUCUGGCCUUCUGGGAGUUUGACCGACGACAAUAACCCCGUGGGGUUGGUUCACACAAAACAAUGCGGCUCGAUGUGUCGAUAUAUGGUACCCUCCUGGCCGGCCUAACAGGAUUGGUGGCAGGGGAGGAGGUAGUGGCGGCGGCGGCGGCGGCAGAGAGCGAUGCAGGUAUAAGCAGAGUAACGACGACGACAACGCCGACGACGACUGCAGGCGAUGGGACGUCAAUGGCGACGGCUUCGUCUAAUUCGGUAUUGCAGAUAAACCCGUUUCCGACGCCUGCUAUUUUUAUGCCGUCGUCGCAUAACGUGUCUAUUGGGUUCAGCAAGGGUGAUAAUAUCACGGACUUCGAGGUCCGCGCUGUUUAUCUGAAGCGAUAUACCGACGACUAUGUUAUUGGGAAGGGCGAAAUCACAGAUGAAGUUAAUUCAGAUGCCACCACUAGCACUCGGGAUGUCAUCGCAAGGAGACAGACAGUCCCGGUACCUCUGCCGCCAUUCCAGUUCACAGUGUUCCAAAGCGCUGUAGAGCUCCCGCUCGGUGAUCUGUCAUAUUACGGCAGCAAUAUCAACCAGGUGCUUUACUAUGAGUUCCAGUGGCAGGACUCCACGACUAGCGGGAAAAGCUACACGCAGGUUAUCGCAGUCGCCACCACAGACAGCUACGACGAGGCCGCUGCGAAUCUCGCAGACACGGGUCUGGGGAACAGCCCGGCGCAUCAGGAGGACACCGGCGAAUCCUCGGCCGCGACUGUAUCCGCCACGGCUUCGGCCAGCCCAACUAGCACCGCGACAAAUGAGGGAGGUGAGGUGUUCCGCGCCGGUGCUACAACGCCGCUCACCCGGAGCGCCAUAAUCGGCAUCGCGGUCGCCUGCGUGGUCGUCGGCCUGGCCCUGAUCGCCCUUUUCGUAUGGUUCUGCCUCCUCCGCCGCCGCAGCCGCCGCCGCGCCAACAACGGCGAGCGCAGCCGCGACGGCCAGUUCGCCUCCGAUCCCGGCGCGCACCACAUGAUGGCCGACAAGGAGGCCGCCGUCGUUACCAACAUGUCCGAGUCCUUCCCCAACCUCGGCUACCACAACAACGACGAAGAAGCUGCAGCGCAAACACAGUCGCGCGACCCCUACCCCCAAAACCGCAACAGCACCCGCAGCAUGGGCCCCGUCUCCAUCGACGACGACCCGCCAUACUCCGACCGCUCGCCCUCUCCCUCCUCGCCACCGCCACUGCGCCGGUCUGUCCCCGUUUUCCCGUCAGAUAGCCAGGGCGACGUGUCGACGCGCUCGCAGUCGCACUACGCGCAUCUGAUCGAGGAAGGGAUGACGGAGGACGAGAUACAGCGGCUCGAGGAGGAGGAGAGGCAUCUGGAUCAGGCGAUUGAGCAGCAGGGGCGGAGUAGUGGGAGGAUGGCGAGGCCGGAAUAGAUAGGGGUAGGGG